GUAGAUGUCCUCUCAGUGAUAGGAUUUACCCGUGAGUGGACCACCAUGAGUUUCAUUUUGAACUAUCUGAUUUCUGAAAUUAGAAGGAUCCUACUAACAUAAGAGACUAACAUCCUCUUUUUUCAAAAAAAUUUAUCCAUUUUCCGAAUGGUUCAUAAUUUCUCAAAUGAUGUUGGUGACUGUAUAGUACAUGAUGACUAAGAAAAUAAAAUUUAAUGUGAUUCAUGCCUCAGGAGAAGAUGAAAAACACAAAGCUGAUGAGCUGGACAAGCAUGGUCCAGCUAUUAGAGGAUGGCAAUCUAGUAGGAACUGUGACUUUCCACAAGAGAUCAUAUUAUUUCUGCAUCGGCCAGCAGUACUUCAGCAGAUCCAAAUCCUAGCUCAUCAAUAUUUGAUACCUGAAAGAAUAGACUUAUGGAUCGGACCGGAAAUUGAAGGAACUCUCAGUGACUUCAGUGACUUUGCCCAUGAAUUGAGUUUUGAAUUUCUUGGUUAUAUUCUCUUGAGCGACAACACAAAAUCUGACUUUAAAUCGAGAGAGUUGAAAUCGAUUACUGUCCCGUCCUCGCCAUAUACAAGUUUUGUCAAGCUAUCACUUCAUCAGAAUCAUGCAAACAAGUACAAUGAAUUUAACCAAGUCAGUAUUGUUGCUGUGCAAAUACUAGGCGAUGAAAAGAAAGGUCUGUUUGAAGUCGAUUGCUCCCAUGAUGAAUCAGGAGUCAAUAUUUCCUCUGCUCCUUCCAUCUAUGACGAUCUGGCUUUUGAGAUGUAUGUUGAUCGAGACAUUGCCAACAUAAUUCGAUCUUUAGACGCCCGAAAGCAGGUUGCUGUCCAAGACGAGCGAUACGAGUAUGCUAGGAAGUUGAAAGUAACCAUUGAAGAUUUACGAGUGGUUGGAGAGAAGUUGGGCAAACUAGAAAUAGCUAAAAAGCAAGCAAUUCAAGAUGAAGAUUAUUCUAGGGCAAAACGGAAAAAGUUGCAAAUAGAAUCUCUCAAGAAGGAAAUUCUCGAAAAAGUGAAAGUAGAUAAUCUUCUUGAAAAGAAUGGAGUUUCAGCUGAGAAUGACGAGGAGAGUGAUGUUUGCGACAAAGAAGGAUCAAUAUCAAACUCAACAAGUGUAAUCGAUAUGCUCAACUCAUCACAGCAAUUCAGUGGUCCGCACAUGAACGGAAGCUUACUGAAUAACCACCAACUUCUGAAUAGUUGCGCCCCGUCUCCUCCGCUUGAAGUGAACAUCGAUGGCAAAGAUCGCACCAAUCCAGGCAUGUACGAGUCUCCUGUCUCGCCUCUCCACGGUGUUUUCGGUGGAUCUUCCGACAGUCCCUCCGGCGGUACACCUCCAGUGAAACCCCGAGCCAUUAUCGUCCAACCAGUCUCUAUAAAAACGGGGUCCUUUCGCCGACGCAACAAAUCAGCCGAACCACAAGCUGGUGGCCGAAAUAGUUAUGAGGCAUAUGAUGAACGCACAGUUCCAGCUCAAAGAAAUAUGCAUUCAGUGGACACUGCUAGAGAAAAUUCAAUGGCAGGUGGUAAUUUUGGCUUGCACUCGAAACUCAAUGAGCGAGAAAAGAAGCAAGCUUCUCUUCCCAUCACCGUGUUUGGUUUAAGAUUAGUAGAGAAAUUUUACUCAAAACAUUUUUCUGAUAAGGAAGAAGGUCUCCGAUUAUUAGAAGCUCAUCUAAAAACUCUAGUCAGGAAGGAGAUGAAAUUACCCGAUAGUCAAGACAUCCACUCGCCAAAUAAAGUUGCUCGAGCGACCAUUUUUCUUCUGCACCGGGCUAUAAGAGACAAAGUGUUUGUUGUUUACAAUGUUGCAACUGAAGUGAUCAGAUAUUUCUUCAACGAAUUUGUCCCAGGCAGGGUAACAACAGGUGAAGUAUCACGUAGUAUAGAAAAACUUUUACCGGAAUUACUGACAAAAAGUGGAGAUACAAUGCCAAGGAUUCACAACAUAGCUGUCCACACAAUUUUAAGCCUGGCUGAUGCUCCGGACAUUAAAGCUUUGCACAUCAUUCCCGUCCAUUUAACAAGACCUUUGACUGCUAAUACACACCCAAGAUUAGCACUGAGCCGCCUUCAGAUGGUGGAGCAGCUGAUUAUCAACCAUGGAAUAUCAAAUGAGAAACAGAGUGGUAUGACAUGUCGAAUUUUAGCAGAAUUUGGGUCGUCAGGUCUCCAUCACCCUGCUGAAGCUGUUCGCAAAGUAGCGGAAAAAGUGCUCAUUCAUGUGUAUCGGCAAAAUCCAAGGAUAGUUCGUAAGCAGUUACCACCCGAUGAUGAUAUCUCUCGGAGAAACAUUUUGUAUCGCCAUCUAUUGCAAGAAUUCGACAUCAUUGACAAAGAGAAUAAAGGUGAGCCAACAAAGGACUGUAGCAACAAAAUGGUACGAUCAAAUAGUGAAAGUGUCGCCAAUUCAUUAAUGCAUUCACCACCCAUUCGCCAGUCUUCCAGCACAUCAUCAACGCUUGAGAAAAAAACGCCAGUCUUGCCAGCGCACAUGCACAUGAAUGCAUCCCAUCCGUCCAAGAAUCUCUUAAUUACUUGUAGUAGUUCCUCAUCCUCGACUGGAAAUUUAACUCCAACUUGUGAAUCUGACAAGCAGUGUAUAUUCUGUCUAACUAUAUCUGACUCCUUCUCUGAAGAGGGUUUAAACAUCCACUACUGGCGUUACUGUCCAAUGCUCACCCGUUGCCACCAUUGCCAAGAAGUUGUCGAACUUUCUGGCCUAUAUAAUCAUCUAUCAGAGGAGUGUGACUUUAGGACGCUGUACAUCAAGUGUAAAAAAUGCAAUGAACCCAUUCUUGCCAAACAAUUUGACUUACACAGAAAAUCUUCUUCUUGCAUCGCUUUAGAUGGCGUAGCAAAGUGUCCACUCUGUAAAGAGUUGCUCGCAUCCGGGGAAGACUCGUGGCGCACUCAUUACACUGGCUCUCAACCAUGUCUCAAAAAUCCUCGGCUUCCAUUGAACAUUAAUUUUUAAACUAAGAACAUCAAGUAAUUAGGUUCAGUAGUCAGUGCAUUUUAUGUGAACGUUGGUUAAAAUUCCUUAAGUCGAGGGACCUAGAAAAUCAAUCCCUUGCCUUUAACGGUAAACUUCAGAUGAGGUGUAUUCCUUUAUUCAACCAGUGAAAUUUGAACCUUCAUAUGAAUUAGAAAGAGACUUCAUAUUUUCUAGUGCAAUUGGGUGCUGAAUAAAAUCUGUUAAUUUUGAAAAUUUUGUUCUGUAAGCCUCCAUUAUGGAUCUUUCCAAGCAACAGUGUAGGCAAAGAUGGGGCCCAAAAGCGAGUUUUCUGCACUUAAUAUAAGUUAACAACAAAGAUACGACAGCCUUUCUAAAUCAUUAUGAAACGAAUAUUUUUAAUUUAUGUUAGACCUUACAUGAAUGAUUUAUUUUGAAAAGGGCCUGACUUAAUGAAAGGAGAUUUUUUUUUAUGGGAAAAAAAACGAAUUCAGCAGACAGUAUUUUUGGCGAAUGUUAUGUUGUUCCCAUACAGAGUCCUACAGCCAAAAAUAUGAAACUUUCUAGUCCUUUCGUAUUGUAAAAUGAUCGUUUUUUGGCUGAAACCUUGGAAUUUUGCCUUUCUUUUCUGUGUAAAAUGGAAAAGAAAAAAAGAAAAAAAUCGCCAAACUACAUCCCAAAGAACCUGUUAUCCGAAAGAAAACAAGUUUGGUCCUUUUUGAAAUGAACGAUUCACACAUUUCACUAGGAGUACUUAAACUGUUAUUCUACUCACUUACGGCCAACCCAAAAAUCCCACUAAUUUACUUGAACACUCUAAUUAAAUUACCUAAGCUUAUUGUACAAUGAAGCUAUCACAAAUUUUUGCUCAAGCUUAGAGGAGAGUUUUUUCAAUGUCAGAAGUAUAUUUAAGCACCAAUGAAUUAACCAACAAAAUUCAUCCCCUGAGAUAUAACAAUCCUUGAAUUACGUUUUUGGAUAACUUCCCUGUUUUUUCGAGUCUAGUAUUUUGAAAGUGGACAACUCCUACAGCUCAUUUCUACAGCUAACUCAAAAGCUUCAAAUAUUGAGUUAUGAAGUUUGGUAGUUUAAUAGAAAUUGAUGUUUCACAACAGAGCGCUUCAAAAUGCUCUUAUGUCCUGAAUGCAUUGUGAAAUGAGGCCUCAUCAACAUCGAUCAUUGCCAACGUUCUCAACAGGCAAUUUGAGGAACUUCUCUCCUUUGAGCUCUUGAAAAAAUUUGCAACUCCUGUAUUGCUUAUCACCGAUGUCCAUUUUACAUUUUUUUAAUAUAGAUCGAAGGAGAAUUAAGUAGAAGAAGAAUGUUUCUGUCGAUGGGGUUUUUUGUUAUGUUUCUUUGUUACUUUUACCUACUUUGCCAAAUUAUUUUUUACAAUUAUAUGUACUUCUUUAAUGCUUUAGAA